ACGAACGCUUUCCUUCUCUACCUUACCUUCUCUUCUCUACUUGACUUCAUCGCUUGUUUCUGCUGGCAGAUUACCUUCCGUUCAUUCCUAUAUAUAUCUUUUACGUUAAAACAUAUUCAUCAUGAAGUUCACUGUUCUCACUAUCCUCGCACUCGGUGCAUCGACAUCAGCCUAUGUCGUGCCCAACACAAAGGUAGCUGUGGAGGACAAGGCGGUAAAUGCUGCUCGCAUGCCGGUAAGUUCCAGCUAUUUCCACAUCAUGGCCAUCUCGUUCUGACUCUGCACAGGCAAGUGGACCAGUCCAAGCUGCUCAUCUCGCAGCCGCGCUCCUAGCACGUGACCCAGCACCUCACCACAAAGGCAAGGGAAAAG